UGUGAUGUGUUCCUUGGCAUGUUCAUAAUCGUCUGGAAGAGAGUGCAUUUGUCUCCGUGGGAGCUCUUCAAGCAGUAGGAAAGCAAAGCACUUCUACUGGCUUUUCAUGGAUGUCAUGGGAGAAAAUGAGGCCUUGCUGCAGUUCUUUAAAGGACAAGAUGUCCAUGGAGCCUUGGAAAAUCCCAUGGUGGAUACAAGCAUGUUAAAAGAAUUCAUUAAUAAUGACAUAGAGUUUGGAACUUUGCAAAGCCAGUUGCCAGGCUCCCCACCUGACUUUGGAUCAGAACCAUGUUCCCCACCACAGCUACAAAAUACAUGGUGUGAUACUCUGUAGCCCAGUGGGGCCACAUCUGCUGGGACACCCAGCACACUUCCCUGCGGAUUCACUUACUCUGACCCCAAUGCCACAGGAGAUCCUUGCACCAUCUCCCAGGGCUGCUGUCUGAAGACAGGAAAUGCUGUGGCUCCAUGGAAUCAUUCUACAUCCUCCCACUGUUUGGAUUUUAAUAAUUCAUACUUCCAGUCUAAUGCAUCUCAGAUUCCUGGAUGCAAUAUGUAUUUUUACAAAAGUAUUUCUGCAGUGUCAAGUGAAAAAAGGAAGCUCUCCCAAUUACUAGGACAUGUAAUUGAUUCUUCAGUGCAGUCUCAGGAUUCCAGACAAGCAACUGUAGGGGACUGUGCUGAUGAAAUGCAAGAAUAUGACAGUGAUGGACAGAAUGCAGCUUUAGAAAAAUGCUGUCAAGUUCUUACAUGGCAACCAUAUCAAACUUCUCAGUGGAACAGCUUAUUUAAUUCCAGCUAUGAAAAACUACCUGCUGUAGGAUAUCGCAUUGUAACAGAUAAAGGAUUCAGUUUUUCAACAGCAGAUGAUGCUUCUGUGUGCCAAAAGAAGAAUCAUUUCCAAAUCACAGCUCUUAUUAGAAUCACCUGACAUCUAAAAUAUGUCAAAACUCAGCAGGGGAGGAAACCAAUAGAAAAGUUUUGGUUGAAGCUCCAAAUCAAACAAUUUGAAGCUCCAAAUCAAGCUAUUGAACAGUCUCAGUCAGAUCAAAGCAAAAAAACUUUUCAUCCCGCUAAAGUUGAACUGCCAGGGGACCAGAUGACUGAGGUAACACUGGGAAGUCUGCAUUUCAGUGAAACUACUGCAAAUACUAUGAGAAAAAAGGGGAAAUCUAAUCCUGAUCAGAAAUACUUCAUGCUGGUAGUUGUACUGUAUGCUGUCUCUCAGGAGCAGUUCUACUUACUACCUGCAAAUGUCUCUAACAGAUCAUUGUAAAGGUUGGCAUCUAACCCACGGCAAUUUGAGAAUGACAGUGAUGUACUGUGGCAGCAAGGACAUGUUCCAGAGCUGAUAGUCUAUCAUGGUCGAGUAGGAAUUAACACAGAUGCACCAGAUGAAGCACUGGUUGUCUGUGGAAACGCCAAAGUUAUGGGCAGAGUCAUGCAUCCGUCUGACAGCCGAGCAAAACAGAGUAUCGGGACAACCAUCGCCUGUAGACUUUGGAGAAGGCUCUCUAGAAGCUGGGAAUUGUCAAACUCAAGGGUCGAUACAAAUGGGCAGUUGAGUAGAAUAACACAAAUGAGGUUGGUGGAAUAUGACUACAAGCCUGAAUUUGCAUCUGUUAUGGGAAUAAAUGAUACCCGUGAAACAGGAAUAGCCCAGGAAGUGAAGGGACUUACAGUUUAUAUCACCAAACUUGGAGAAAAUUCCUAUAAAAAUAUUGUAUUUCACUUGUCACCUUUUCAUAGUGAAUUCUGCACUCAUUUCUGCUUGUUGCAUCUGAUUGAUGAAUAUACUAUGAAUAUAUUAUGUACCUACUUUUAUGGUCGUUUUGCUUCUCGGGAUCAGAUCUUUAUUGAGAAUGUUGGUGCUGUAAAGCAGCUUUGAACUAACAAUCUUGAAUUCAGAAUAGAAGAAUUGGAACAGUUGAAUAGGAAACUGGCCAAACUGAAAUGCAUGAGCAGUUUAAACUCAACAGUCAGUGAGGAGAGCAAAGUCAGCAGGUAUAGUCGAGCUAACUGUCGUUUGCCAUCAGUAAAAUCAUUCCUGCCAAAAUCCAGGAAGGUUUUUUUGUCAAAGACCAAAGAAUCUUGCUCCAUGAAGAUUUUCCAGGUGACUAUAAUAGCUUUGAUUGCUAUUAUGGCACUAUGUGCUUUGACAAUAUGGAGCCUAUAUUUAAUUAGCAUUCAUGACAGACGCUUUGAGAAGCAUCCAGUCCUCAGCAGUACUUCAAGUUCUGUUCUACUGUCUCCCUCUACCAAAACAGCAGCAUUGCAGAGGGAAAGGACAAUUUCUCAGAACACGCAGCCUAUCAGCAGGAUCCCUGAAGUGAAUUUCUGUGUUUUGCCUUGUGACAAGGUCUGUUGUUGUCCAAUUCAUCAACCAAAAGUCAAAUCUCUAAGUUAUGAAAAAAGCAAUGCAAAGGAGAGAUGGACUGACACAACAAUCAGUUCCAUACAGAUUUUGGAAACUCAGCAAAGCAUUGACAAUUGCUAUUGUAGUAAAAAUCUGCAGUGCAGGUCUGGAAAUUACAGCUAUGUUAUUCCUAUUAACAGAUACACACCCAUGGAUGUAGAAAUAUCACUGGAAAUAAACACCMCAGAACCAUUAAUUACAUUUCUCUGCACAGGCAUAUUUGGAAAUUUUUGCUCCCAUUAUUCUUCUAGCCAAAACAGUAGGAAGGAUUACCAAGACACCACCCGGGGACACCAGCAUGUUUGGGCUCUCCMUGUAGCUCAGCUGUAUGACAGCACGUGGAAGUUCUCAUAUGAAUCCCCUUUAUUUUUCUUCUGCAGCUGCUCGACAAACCCUUAUUUUGCCGUAAUGUUUUUUACUGAUUACUACUUCUACUUUUAUCUUGCAGUGUAA